AUAAUCAUGAAGUGCAUUCUAUCGCUCCUAUCCGUUCUAAGUGUGGCGCUCGUUGCCGUUGUUGCCAUACCGGCCAGCUUCCAUUACGGUGGCGGAGGUGGCUAUAACAUUAACGGAACGGGACAAAGCUUUAACUUCUCCGGCAAUAGCAACGGUACAGAUCAGUUCCCAGACUUUGGGCGUCUUCUACCAAACCUGACCCAACCAUCGGGUGGAUUCAGAUUUCCACAGUUUACCCUACCGUGGACCAACUUUACCGAUAGCUUCUCGUCGAUCUUUCCUGGACUUGGUGGAGGAUUCUUCGGCAAUGGACAGGGUGGGGGUUUUCCAUUUUUCGGUUAA